AGACUUAUGCAUCCAGGACACUCCUUUUUUUGAAAAAUGAUGGGACUUUGAAGCCACUGGUGAUUGAAUUGAGCUUGCCACAUCCAGAGGGAGAUCAAUUUGGUGCCAUUAGCAAAGUGUAUACACCAGCUGAACAUGGAGUUGAAGGUUCCAUUUGGCAGCUAGCUAAAGCUUAUGUUGCUAUCAAUGACUCUGGCCAUCAUGAGCUCAUAAGCCACUGGUAUGCAUCGUUUUAGGGAAGAGGCAAAUUUAACUCAAGAUAUUCCUGAUUUUAAAGUGGGGUUUUAAUUGUAUUUUACAAAAUCUGUUCAUGGGUUGAACACUCAUGCAACUAUUGAGCCAUUUGUGAUUGCGACAAAUAGGCAGUUGAGUGCAGUUCAUCCCAUCUACAAACUUCUCCAUCCUCACUUCCGCGAUACCAUGAACAUAAAUGCAUUUGCUAGGCAAAUCCUGAUUAAUGCUGGGGGAGUUUUGGAGGCAACAGUUUUCCCAGCAAGGUAUUCCAUGGAAUUGUCAUCUGUAAUAUACAAAAACUGGGUAUUUCCGGACCAAGCACUUCCCAAAGACCUUAAGAAGAGGGGAGUGGCAGUUGACGAUCCAGAAUCAAAGCAUGGUAUCCGACUACUGAUAAAAGACUAUCCAUUUGCUGUUGAUGGGCUUGAAAUCUGGUCAGCAAUCAAAGAUUGGGUGGGAGACUAUUGCUCCUUCUACUAUAAAACUGACGAAAUGAUUCAACAAGAUACUGAACUCCAAUCGUGGUGGAAAGAAUUGAAAGAAGAAGGGCAUGGUGACAAGAAAGAUGAGCCAUGGUGGCCUAAAAUGCAGACUAGGGAAGAGCUGAUAGAAACCUGCACCAUUGUCAUCUGGGUUGCCUCUGCCCUCCAUGCAGCAACCAACUUUGGUCAAUACCCUUAUGCUGGCUACCUCCCCAAUCGCCCCACAAUCAGCAGGAGGUUCAUGCCAGAGAAGGGCACCCUUGAAUACGAUGAGCUUGAGGCAAACCCGGAUAAGGCUUUCCUGAAAACAAUAACUGCAAAGCUACAGACACUCAUGGGCAUCUCCCUCAUCGAAAUCCUAUCAAGGCAUUCAUCUGAUGAGGUGUAUCUGGGACAGAGGGACACCCCUGAAUGGACCACUGAUGCAACACCAUUAAAAGCCUUUGAAGAGUUUGGGAAGAGACUUUUAGAGAUUGAAGAGGAGAUCAUUGGAAUGAACAAUGACAGGCAAUGGAAGAACAGGGUUGGUCCAGUGAAGAUACCGUAUACCUUGCUUUAUCCUACCAGUGAAGGUGGUGGUGGAAUCACCGGAAAGGGAAUUCCCAACAGUGUCUCAAUAUAAAAAACUACCACAAAUCCUUUAGACAAAAUUGUUACUAAGGAAAUGUCUCUUCUUUGUUAUGAUUCUCAACAUUAAAUAAAUUCAUUGAAAAUAA